UACUGUGCGAGCUGUGAUUGGUCACAGCUUGUCACAUGGUACAAGGCUGUUUUGAAUAGCCUUGUACCAUGUGACCUCUGUGAUCAUUCACAGAUUUCACCAGUAGUAAGCAAUGAUGUCAAGAAGUGACAUCUUGUUUACUACUAUUCAUGUGAUUGGCCAGUCAGUGAUCAUCUGCGCUGCUAUUGGCGGUUACAGCUUACAAUCACCAUGUCUUAGCCGGAGAUUCCUCAUCGGCACCCGGCUAUCGCCGACUAUCACUGACAGGUAGUGGUCUGUAUGUAAACAAUACAGAUCUCUCCCCUGUCAGCUCCAGCAUGCUGCUUUGUA